AUGUUCGAUCACCCCACCCUGCCGUCGCCGCAACAUGCACAAUCUGUCCCAGACUCCCACCGCCGACAUUCCCUCCCUCUACACUUCCUCCCUCCCGGUCUCUGGAGUUCCAAUACCUCAAGCGCAAGUCUGGUGGAAUCUGAAGAGGCAGCUCGCGGUGAACACAUCCUAGACGAGGCGACAGUAGCUCAUCGAAUCUCCGCCUUGCGACAACUCAAUGGUGCGACACGCUCGCGACAUCGAUAUGCGAAAUCUACCGGAGCUCGAAGCAGCACAUUCAGCCAGCCGGUGAUUGUGAGGACGUAUUCUGGGCCGGCUCGGCCGCGUUCUCGGCAACGGGACGUUAUCACUGUGAAGAAAGAAAAGGGGCUCUCGGCAAUGACCAAUGGAAAGAUGGAGCUGAAGUUGCCACCCGUCGAAGCUUUCAGUUUCAAGGGAAUCAUGGAUGAGAUAAGACACGGAGUUGCAGAAGAUUUGGAAAGGAUUGCGGAAAUUUGUGCCAGGAGCAAGUACAGUCUCAGCAACCAGUACGAAGUACACAUGCCGCCUCAUGGACGUGGAGAACCGAUUCUGCAGAGAGUAGGACUCGGAGUAAGCUCGCAUACCCACGGAGGUGGUCCAACGUUGCAAGCAAUUGGCUCAGACGAUGAACAAGCAAGGCAUGUAGGACGAGGAUCAAGAGGCGGGAGACGGACGAAGUCGGUUGCAUAUGGAACAUUGGAGACUAUCAUGUCAUCUUCCAGAUCGUCUGAUGAAGACAAAUCCAAGAAAAAGUCAGCUGCCGUUCUGGCCGAGGAGGUGCGUGGAAGAGCGGCGAGGAAGGAACUUCAGGCCUCAAUGUCAGAAAACAAUGUGACCAGUGGUGCCGUCGAAGAUGGAAACGCCGAGCAGAUGCCCCCAAAGCAUGUUCGAUCCAGAUCCGCAACACUCGUAUCGAUGAUUAUCGAUAAUGCCCAAGGCUUCAAGAACGAUGGAUCCUCGAACUCGAUUCCAUCAACUUCUUUGAUCAGUGAGCCAGCACGACCUCAAACAUCCACAGCAAUAGACUUGGAAACUAUACCAACCUUUGAUGAAACAGAACGAGAAAGAUCUCCAACACUGUACUCUUUCAUGUCACCAAGAUUGGGAAUGCUUCGUCAUGAAUCUAUGUCCUCUACGCUCAGACCAGAGCCAGAACCGAGACAAUCGAUCUUUGGAAGUCUCGGUUCCUGGUUGCCAUGGGCAAGGUCGGCCCAAGGUGAGAGCAGCUUCCAAGGCAGAACAAGGAGUGCUUCUCAUGCGGAAGGAAGCUUGAGAGAACUUUUGAAAUCGACAGACUUCGACCGAAAGGGAAAGGGGGUUGAUCGCAGUGGCUGA